AUGGAUGAGCUACCCUUCCGGAACUGGUGCCUGAGCUGCCUUCAUACUAGUAUCGCAAAUUAUGAUCCUCAGCAAAAGAAGCCCUUUCAAAUCUACUGUGCUUUCAACGAAGAGACUAAUGACUCUUGUGAGCAGUGUUCUGGUAGAAAUGUUACAUGUGAAGCGCCCUCCUUGGGAAUGCUAGGUGACGUCUACGACUUGUGCGCCAUUCUGGAGUGGACUGGUAGGUUUUGGUCUCGCAGCGAAACCUUGUCCUGGAAUUCGAGCUUUCGCGUUGCUGUUUGUGAGGCCUCCAAGGAGCUCUGCCUCACGUUUGAGCAUGCUGAAAUGACCCACCGCCGCUUCCAUAUGUUGACUUCCAUCGAUUGGGAGGAUCCAAGCGAACAGCAAAGUGCCGAUGUCAAUAGCUACCGAAGAUUCCUUGCUGUACGCCGCGCCUCGCUACCUGUUGUGACAAUCCCCCCUCACCGGCAUAAUUGGUCGCCAGGACUGGGUUACUUAUAA